AUGGCUGUGGCUGCGGGACAGACGCUCAAAGGCGGCGCAGAGGCGGCCGGACACUUGGUCGCCGACGGGGCGCAAUUGGGCAAGAACGUUGCAGUCGGAACAAAAGACGUCCUCGCGUCCGGUGCUAAAGCGACCGUGCAGGGUGUCGCUGGCGGCGCAGGUUACCUCGCAGGUGAGACGGCCAAUAUUGGCUCGGCCUUCGCGGAUGGAGCGCGCGCUACGAACGCUCCCCGUCGAGUGAAUGUGUACCGCAUGCAUGCUCCAGCUGGAUUGACUUCGCGGGCGUCAGGUGCCAAGUCCGCCUCGGGGGUGGCUAGCGCUAGAUCCAGAGACGCCGUGGACAGUGCACAGCCGAGUACCUUCCGCACUCGUCAGGUCUUCGAUGCCGGCGACUUCCCGAGCGCGAACGAAGGCGGAAGCAAACGUCAGCAAGUCGUGCAGGCCAAACUCCCUUCGUGGGCCGGCGGUGGCAAACGCCAGACUGAGCGUCAGACAGAUGACCGUAAGGCCGGUGUACGUUCGCGAUUUGCCUUCACCAAGACGCAGGAACCGCGUCAGCAAAGACAGAAUGAGGAUAAACCCUCGGGAUUCAGCUUCUUCAAGAAGCCGGCACCUGCACCCAAAGUCAAAGUAGAAGAGAAAAAGCAGGGGUUCAGCUUCUUCAAGAAGCCCGCACCUGCCGCGAAGGCUGAUGAAGACAAGAAGAAGGAAGGAUUCAGCUUCUUCAAGCGCGCACAGCCCGCCACUCAACCAAGAAAAGAAGACAAGAAACAAGAGGGUUUCAGCCUCUUCAAACGCGCACAGCCUGAACAGCCCAGGCAGAGUGAUAAGCAGGAGAAAGGUCGCUUAACCUUCUGGGCCACCCCUCAGAAACAACCUGAGCCGGCAAGACAAGAACCUAAGAGCUGGUACAGUCUCUUCCCCAAGAGCGACAAGAAGGAGCAAACUGGCGCACAUGCUGGCGCACGAAAUGCCGUUGCGGAAGUUGACCAAGCUUUGGCUGAUCUCAAGAGCGAAAGACAAGUACGCGCCAACCGAAGAAAUGCCGUUGCGGAAGUUGACCAAGCUUUGGCUGAUCUCAAGGCACAGAAGAAGUUCUAA